AUGUAGCUUACAAGCGAUCGUGAAGAUCCUGAACAAUUAAAUACUUAAGGAGCCUGUUCUGUUGAAAUUCCACCCCAAAGAAACAGGUCUUCCUCAUAAUACUUGUUUCACGGUCCCUAGAACAGAAAAUUGAAAACAUAAGCUACUGUUUCUAUAUUUGGGUAUUGGACUUAAAUAAUUGAUAGGACUUUUAAUACAUACGAAGAUAAAACAACUAUAACAAGAGACACUAGAAGCGUAUUUACUAGAAUUGUGAAAAAACUGAUCAUCAUACAAUGUUUUUUUGAUUCAUUGGAGUAAUAUCGAAAGGAGAGGUUGUAAUAAAGAAUAGAGUUUUAUUUUCAAAAACGCACAAAGGUGAUUCCAUUUUAUCCUGAUGAUUGUCUAAUUGUUUAUUGGAUGAAAGUUGUAACUCUACUGCAAUUUUGCUCUUGUAUAAUUUACCCCAUGUUCAUAACAUUCAAUGAUUUAUAAACUGAUUUAUCUUGGAUUGUGAUGAUUUUAGAUGCUCUUUUCUCCAUUGACAUAUUAUUAACGUUUUUGACAGCUUACAUAGAUGAAACAUCUACUUUAAAAAUAUAAAUUGUUGAUAUAACAAUGCAUUAUUUGAAAACAUGGUUUAUUUUUGAUUCUAUAUCAAUUUUUCCUUGGAUUUCCAUAGGAUUGGAGAAUUUGAGGCUUUUUAGACUGUUAAGAAUAUUAAAAUAUUUUAUAUAUAAAAGAAAGCAUAGCUACAAGGGGUAAGCAGACUAGCACCAAAUAGUACCUUCAUUUUUGCCAUAUAAUGAUAUGUAAUUGAAGGAGGGGAUUAAAUUUCUAAUAGAUGUGAUGGUAACAGCAUUUCUUUUGAUUCACAUAUUUGCUUGUGGAUAUCAUUAUUUAUUAGGAAUAGAAUAUUUAGAUGCCUUUUAUCAAUCAACCUAAACAAUAACAACAAUUGGAUAUGGUGAUUGUUCUCAGUCCAUCAAGUAUGAAUAUUAAAUCUUGUGGUUAAUUAUUGGAGUAGGGUUUUAUACUUUUACAAUAGGAGAUUUUGCUUAUAUGAUGUAAAGAUCUGGGGUGAAUUAGGAUGAUGAAUAUUAUUUCCAGCUCGAGCAAUUGUCUUACGUAUCUGACUUUCCAGAAAGGAUAAAAAACUAGUUUCAAAGGUUCAUCACAACCAACCUAAACAACAAUGCCUUCUGGUCUAGUUAUCAUAAAAAGAUGGUUCACGAUUUACCAUAUUAAAUAUAGAAUUAUCUAGUUUUAAGUGGGAUGCUGUAAAUUUGUGAGGCAGUACCUUUUUUCAUGUAGGAUAUUAAUUUUACGAUUGAAUUAUUAAAUGAUGUUCAAUUCUUGUUUAUUGAAGAAAAUGAUCUAAUAUAUAGAGAAGGCUAGAAUUCUAAUGAGAUAUAUUUUUUAUUGUAGGGCGACGUAAGGAUAAUGACUAAAAAGAAAUUUACUUUAUUAAAUAUUUUAGAGGGAACUAUGUUUGGAGAAUACGAGGCUAUCGAGGAAUCCUUGAGAGCAACUUAUGCUGUAGCAAUAUAAAAGUCUUUGAUUUUAAAAGUGGAUUAUGCUAUUUUCGAAAAAUCUAUGAAGAUGAGUCCAAAUUUAUAUUUUGAAGUUUAGCAACUAUUUCAUAGAAGAAGAAAGUUGUUGAUAAAUAGUCUUAGAUAUGAGAAAUCUUAAAGAAAGAAGGUUCGAAGAUCGGUUUUAAUCCAAUUCAGUCAUGUAUAAUUACAGUAAACUAGACAAGAGAUGAAGAGGCAACGAGAAAUCCAAGAACUUAAAAAUAUUAAUGAAUAUAAUCAAAUGGUUCUUCAACAAUUGAUUGAUAAAAAGAGACAUAAAUAUGAAUAAUUGUUGGCAAGGUUUAAAUCAGUUGUGUUUCGAAUUAUUCAUUUUAAUCAGUAAUUAAUCCGAACACCCCCAGAGGAUUGGAAAGAUUUAGACAAUUACAAUUUAAUUAAGAGAGUAUUUCCAUUGCGUUGCUUAUCUGAUAAGUUGUAAGUUUUCUUUAGGAAAUCCUCAUCAGUUCACAGUCAAUCAGUUCAUCGAAGCUCGAUUCGCAAAAGAAUAGAAUGCCAUCCUUAAUACGAUAAAUUUAAAUGGCGACUAAGCGAUAUUUAAAUAAAAUAAAUUAUUUUAAUGCACAAUAAAAGGUCAGUGAAGGUAUUUCCAACUUUAAAGAGCAUUGUGUAAAAUUAUCAAAAAAGUACAGUAGCAUCAUCUCCAUAGAGGAUUAAUAGAUUCUAUCCUAAAUGGAUAAAAGAUUUAGUACUUGAAGAUCAUACUACUGCAGAAAUGGAAAAAUUUGUAUUGAAGUAUCAUCAAAUCAAUAAGAGAUUGGAUCAGAUUGAUAAGAUGUGGACAAAGGGAUUAAUUAUUAGAUUUGAUGAAUUUAAAUUGAAAAGUUAAAAAGAUUUAGAUCAUCUUGACACUGAAUCUUCUGAUGAUAAAUGA